AUGGCAAAAGAAUCGAAGGCAUGCCAUAAUUUGUUGGAGGAGAGAAGGGGCAGAGGUGCUGUUUGCGAGAACAGUACCAUGGGAGAGGGAGGGAGGGCGGAGGAGAUGGAGAGACAGAGAGCUACAAAGAUAGAGACCAGGAAAGAUAUCUGCAACAGUAUCACUAGGAAGCAACCCCAAGGAAGGGGUAUACUAUACCGCACCACAUUCUUGUAUCUUUUGCAUGAUGCUGACAAUCUUGGAGAAAUUCUGAGCCUAGUUUCCAUAAAAGCACAGCUGGAGGAGAAGUUUUUUGAAGUGGAGAUGAAGGUGCGUGACUAUGAACUUGAUCAGUAUGGUGUUGUCAACAAUGCAGUCUAUGCUAGCUACUGCCAACAUGGUCGUCACGAGGUGCUUGAGAGUGUAGGCAUCAGUGCGGAUGCAGUGGCGCGCAGUGGGGAGUCGCUGGCCCUCUCUGAGCUAAACCUAAAGUACUUUGCCCCUUUGAGGAGCGGCGACAAGUUUGUUGUUAAGGUGAGGCUUGUGGGCAUCAAAGGCGUACGGAUGAUAUUCGAGCACAUCAUUGAGAAGCUGCCUAAUCACGAGCUAAUUCUGGAAGCAAAGGCAACAGCUGUUUGCCUGAACAAAGACUACUAUCCUACCCGUAUUCCUCGUGAACUGUUGGCCAAGAUGCAGCUCUUCUCAUCCGAGGACAGCAGAGGGUCAAAUGACGGAGUUAAUAAUCAGAAUAAGAGCUGCAACUAA